UCGGUUAACAUUAGCUUCGAACGAAGAGCUGUCUUUUUUGGCUCUGUCUAGCAUUGGAUGUUUUGAUAUCAAGUCUCAAAAUUUGCAUGUGACAAAACGCCCUAACGUUACUAAAAUAGCAGCUAGUUGCCUAAUGUUGCUUACGACACGUCCCUGAACGACACUGUCAAGCAAACUGCAAACUCCUCAUCUGGGUCCUCGACACUAUAAGAAAUAAGGAGCGACACACAGGUGCACUCUGUGUAAGUCUGAACAAAUGAAGGAUGGAGUCUAAUGGGAGGCCCUCCACCGCACAAAUAAUUCUGCUAGCUACCAGCUCAGCAGUUACAGCGGUGCUGUACUCAGUGUAUCAGAAGAAGGCAGCCACUGUGAACAGUCUGAAGGAAGCCAAGAAAAUUUCAAUAGACCAGGACCUGAGAAGCAUCCUCAGCAAGGCUCCAGGGAAAUGUGUACCAUAUGCUCUAAUAGAAGGGGUGGUGAGGUCUGUGAAAGAGACACUCAACAGUCAGUUUGUUGACAACACCAAAGGAGUUAUUGAGAGACUCACUCUUCGUGAGAAGAAGAUGGUGUGGAAUCGUACAACUCACCUUUGGAAUGAUCGUGAGACGAUCAUCCACCAGCGCACCAACACAGUCCCCUUCGACCUCUGCUCCCACGACAACUCAGUGACUGCGUCAGUGCGUGUCGUGCGGCCCCUGGAAGCGUCCGAGCUCAACCUGGAGACCACCUACGAGACCUUCCACCCCACCGUGCAGUCCCUGAGCAACAUGAUCAGCCACUUCAUCAGCGGAGAGCGGCCCAAGGGUAUCCGCGAGACGGAGGAGAUGCUGCGGCUGGGCGAGUGUGUGACCGGCGUGGGCGAGCUGGUGCUGGAGAACAACCUGGUCAAGCUGCAGCCGCCCAAGCAGGGCCUGCGCUACUUCCUGUCGCGGCAGGACUACGCCUCGCUGCUGGGCAAGCAGGAGAGUGGCGCGCGCUUCUGGAGGCUGCUGGCGGGCCUCUGCGGCCUGGCCGCCUGCGUCACGCUCUACUACAUCCUGUGGCGCCAGUGGACGCUGCGGCGCAAGCGGCGGCAGGAGCGCAGUGCCCUCGAGGAGUUCAAGGAGGAGCAGCGGCGGCGCAUGCGCGAGCUGGAGAUGGACGAGUCCGCCGUGCCGGCCGGCGCCUGCAGCGUGUGCCUGAGCGCCCAGCGCACCUGCGUCUUCCUGGAGUGUGGCCACGUCUGCACGUGUGAGCCCUGCUACCUGGCCCUCCCUCUGCCCAAGAAGUGCCCCAUCUGCCGGGCCCUCAUUGACAGGGUGGUUCCCCUUUACAACAGCUGAAAGAACCGAAGGAACGUGGAGGAAUAGUGAGGAUGUCAUCAGAGUGUCUAGAUACUCUAGACUGUGAGUGAUCAAAUUGCUCUGUCAGGUUUUGUGUGCUGUGCUUUUCUUUGUGCAAUGCAUAAAGAAUAACGUUGUCUAUUGAAUGAGGUUGCGGCCUUAAUUUUGUGGUAUCAUGUUUCGUAUCAAAAUCAGUCUGUUGAAGUUGAAUUGUGUUUUUGGUAAAUGGUAAUUAAACAGUUGGUUCUAUAUUGCAUUUGAUUUGGCUGAAAGUAUAGUCUGGUGUUUUCAUAAGAUACUGAAUGCUGAGUAUUGAUUGCAUUUCAUUGAAGAUGAAAUCGUUGUCAUUAUUUGAACAUUUUAACCCAGCUCUUUUCCAGAGCACAUUGUUUUUCCUUGAGAGUUUUAUUGUCAAUAAUAAAAUUGAAACAUUCAGUGGC